GCGCAACCGCCCGUGACGAUCGUCUGUGUCGGCAUGGCAGGCAGCGGCAAGACAACUUUCAUGCAGCGCAUCAACUCGCACCUGCACUCGAAGCAAACCCCUCCCUACGUCCUCAAUCUCGAUCCCGCCGUGCGCAAAGUCCCCUUCGACUCCAACAUUGACAUCCGCGACUCGGUCAACUACCGCGAGGUCAUGAAGCAAUACAACCUCGGCCCCAACGGCGGCAUCCUCACAUCCUUGAACCUGUUUGCAACAAAGAUAGACCAAGUUCUCGGCAUCUUGGAGAAGCGCUGUCUACCUGAAAGUCAAGACAAGGGAAAGGAAGACACAGUCCCCAAGCACGUUCUGGUCGACACGCCGGGCCAGAUCGAGGUCUUUGUCUGGUCCGCCAGUGGAAGCAUCCUGCUGUCUUCGCUCGCCUCGUCAUUCCCCACCGUCCUCGCCUAUGUCAUCGACACACCGCGUACCACCGCCUCGACCUCGACCUUCAUGUCAAACAUGCUCUACGCCAUCUCCAUCAUGUACAAGACCCGUCUGCCUAUGAUCCUCGUCUUCAACAAGAACGACGUCAAGUCAGAAGAAGAAGCAAUUGACUGGAUGCGCGAUUUCGAGUCUUUCCAGGAAGCAUUGCGCAAAGAGGAAGAGGAAGAGGCCGAGACUGGCGCAGGCGGAUCGGGCUACAUGGGUUCGCUGCUCAACAGCAUGAGUCUCGUGCUCGAAGAGUUCUACAACAACCUCAGUGUCGUCGGUGUGAGCAGUAUGACCGGUGCUGGUAUUGACGCCUUCUUCGAGGCUGUCGAAGAGAAGAGAGUAGAGUUCAACAAUGACUACAAAGCAGACCUCGACCGCCGAAGAGAACAACGCGAAAAGGAAAAGGAGGCCAACCGUGAAAAGGAAGUCGCAAGGAUGAUGAAGGAUAUGCGUGUCGGAGGAAACAAGUCACGGACACCCAAAGACGAGCCCGAAACCGUCUCGGAAGCCGAGGAGGAAGAUGAAGACAACGACGGUCUGAUCGAAAGAGACGAAGACGAGGACAUCAGUCAAGAAGGUCUUCAACAACGAUACCAACAAGCUCUGGCUGCAGGCAGUAAUGUCACGUCUGGUGAGGAUAUGAGCUUCGCCAAGUACGUCCAGGCU